AUGAGUUUUAUACUCUUUCUAUCUAUAUUUUUUUGCAUUAUCUUAACGAUUUUUUUGAUCGUGUAUUGGAAAUUGGUACGUCAUGAAAAACUCUGUUACGAUAUACUUCGUCGUCAGGGAGUACCUGGAGAACCCUUUGUGCCCCUAAUUGGUCAACUAUUUACAAUAAAUCGCGCACGAGCCAAUGACGAGUAUAUGAUGUAUUACCAGAAACUUGCCGAAAAACAUGGACCUGUUUUUCUAAUGGGUUUUGGACCAUUAACUCGUCUGAUUGUUCACGAACCUGAUUUACUUGCCGAUGUCCUUGGUCGAUCGCACGCUCAGGACUAUAAGAAAACAACUUUUACCAGCACCGUAUUUAAAUCAAUAAUUGGCAUGCAUAAUCUUCUUGUAAAUGAAGGAGAAGAGCACGAUAGGGCUCGUAAGAUGCUGAAUCCAGGUUUUCAUUUCAUCAAUCUUCAAUCGAUGGUGUCUAUUAUGAUCAAUCAGACAAGAAAAAUGAUUGAAGAACUUUUUAUCUCGCACAAUCAUCCAUCUGUUGAUUUGCAGAAAGAAUUUAGCGCGCUUACAUUGGCUAUCAUUGCUUCAUGCGCUCUUGGCAAAAAUUUUGAAACCGUUAGUAAUGCCAAAGAUGUUAUAAAUCAAACAUUUACUGUCGUACUGGAAGCGAUUGAAUAUAGAACGAUGUGUAUGAUCAAUCAAAUUCCUUUCCUAGCAGAGAUGCCGUUCUGGCACAAACGAAUCAUAGACAAAGGUGCGCAAGAAAUAACUCGCUUUGUCGAACAAAUUAUCACUGAUCGUAAACAAGGUCGUUCGGAAAGUUUAUGUUCGGAACGUGAUAUUCUCGACUUGCUUUUGUCAACUGUCGAUGACUUGGGUCAAUCAUUUACCGAUGAAGAAAUCAGAGAACAAGCUUUAGCUUUCAUACUCGCUGGUCAUGAAACAACGGCAAAUCUUUUAUCUUGGGCAAUGUACGUAUUAAUGACUAAUGAGACGGUGUUACGUGCAUGUGUCGAUGAAAUCGAUCAGAUACUUCCAGAUGAUGUCGAUUUCACCUAUGAACACAUCAACAGUCUACCUAUAUGCGAAGCAGUUUUGCUAGAAACUCUACGUCUCUAUCCGCCAGCACCAUUUUUUGCGCGAAAUUGCAUACACGAGCAUACUAUUGGCAGUGAAGGCGGCCUUCAGUUAAAAAUUCCGGUGAAUACAACUAUUUUUGUGAACACCUAUGUGCUUCAUCGACGACCCGAGUUUUGGCCGCGACCACUAGAGUUUGACUACUCGCGAUGGUUGCGUAAUCCUAUCACAGGUUAUAAACCGAAGCUGGCUCAUCCUUUUUGUUAUUUACCGUUUGCUGCUGGUCCACGUGACUGUAUUGGGAAGAAUUUUGCGUUGCUUGAAGGAAAAGUCAUAUUAAUAAUGCUGCUAAAACAAUGUCAUUUCGAAUUAGAAUCUGGGCAAAAAAUAAUACCUGAGAUGCGCAUCGCUCUGCGACCUAAAUACGGUCUGUGGGCGCGAGUGAGCAAACGAUAG